UUCGAAUGAAAACAAUAUUAUCAAAAGGUUUUCAUAUCAUCAUUUUUUAUUAUCUUUGAUCUUUUUAUGACUGAUAAAGUCUAAGUACAGGGUAAUAAACAUAUAUGUAAAUUAUAUAUGAAUUGCUUUAGUAUAUAAAUUGAUUUUACCGAAUUAAUAUAAUGGCAGCUGUUAUACCAGCAGUAACUAAAUUAUCAAAAAGAAUCAUAAGAAUUCUGGGCUGCAACCCAGGACCAAUGACGCUUCAAGGUACAAAUACAUACUUAAUUGGAACUGGAAAAAAUCGUAUACUUUUGGACACUGGUGAUAAAGACAUAACAGAUUAUCAGAAGCAUUUAUCUGAAGUAGUAGGUUCAGAACAAGUAAAUAUUGAACACAUAGUGAUUACACAUUGGCAUCAUGACCAUAUAGGAGGAGUUGAGAAUAUUUUUGGGACAAUUGCAAAACAACCAAAAGUUUGGAAACACAAAAGGGAUUUGGCUGAUGCUCAUGACACAAACCUAUUACCAAGUCCUUUUAACUGGCUUUAUGAUGGACAAGAGCUGUCAGUAGAAGGAGCAACCCUUAAGGUUCAUCACACACCUGGGCAUACAACUGAUCAUGUGGUCUUGACUUUACAAGAGGAAAAUAUUUUAUUUAGUGGGGACUGUAUUCUUGGAGAUAGCACUGCUGUUUUUGAAGAUCUUUAUACCUACAUGAAAAGCUUAAAUAGAAUAUUAGAAUUGAGUCCCAGUGUUAUUUAUCCAGGACAUGGAAAUAUUAUUCAUGACCCGAUUGAAAAAAUUAAAUACUACAUAGCACAUCGAACUCAAAGGGAAGAACAAAUUUUGGAAGCUCUCAGGAACAACUCCGAUAAACAAUUGAAUGAAAUGGAUUUAGUUAAGAUCAUAUAUAAAGAAACACCAGAGCAUUUAUGGCCAGCAGCUGCUUAUAAUGUUAAUCAUCAUUUGUCAAAAUUAGCCAAAGAGAAAAUAAUAAAAUGUCUAGAUAUAGAUGGGGAAAACAAAUGGCAGAUAGCUAUGACACAAAGUAGUUUAUAGAGACUCUUGCUGCAAAGGAUUGUCAUAUAUUUGGCCAAAUUUAGAGGAUUUAUAUUUAGUA